AUCUCGAUUUUUUAUUGUAAAAGGGGUACAUGAAGUUAGGAAAAUGAAACAAAAACACAAAUGGUGUAGGGAACUAUUGACCUUUUUAAUGAAGAAACCUUAUGAUUCCUACUAUGGAGCUAACACCAAACCACUUCGAAAUGUGAGUGGAACCGAUUCCAAGACGACUUACGACCUAAACAAAGAAGACACAAUCAAAGACAUGUGCGAAACAUCAAAAAGUGAGGAUACAAAGAAGUCUGAAACAUUGAAAAGUGAGGAUGCAAAGAAGUUAGAAACAUUGAAAAUUGAGGAAGAAAAGAAAGCUGAAACAUUGAAAAGUGAAACACCAAUAUUAACUGCAGCAAGAUAUGGUAUAGUUGAAAUGGUGAAUGUGCUUAUAAAAAAGAUACCAAGUUCCAUCUAUGAAAUUAACUUGGAAAAUAAAAAUAUAUUAUUAGUGGCAGUUGAGAACAGAAGGACUGUUGUUGUUGAGUCAAUAAGGAAAUGGUCUAAAGAGUGCGCUAAAAAGGAAGUAUUUGAUAGCCUAAUCCGACAAGUAGAUAAUGAAGACAAUACAAUGUUACAUUUGGCAGCUACACCAAGUGGUCAAGAUUGGAACAUACAUGGAGCUGCCUUGCAAUUGAUGUGGCAUAUCAAAUGGUUUCAGCAGUAUGUGAAAGGACUAGUCCCAAAGCAUUUUACAAUUAAAACCAACAAAAAGAACAAAACUGCAGGAGAAACAUUCAAGGAUAAACAUAAUUGUCUAGUACAAAAGGGUAGUGAAUGGCUAAAGACAACAUCAGAAUCUUGCUCUGUAGUAGCAGGUCUACUUGCAGGUGUUUCCUUUGCUACAUCAAGCACUAUACCAGGUGGCAAUAAAGGUGACACAGGUGAACCUGCAUUGGAAGGAAAACUUCCAUUUGAUACAUUUGCUAUGUCAUCACUAAUUGGCCUUUGCUUCUCUGUCACUGCACUCAUAAUGUUCCUUUCGAUACUCGUUUCUCGAAAAGAAGCCAUAGAUUUUAGAAUUGAUUUGCCAAGGAAACUUCUUUGGGGAUUGAGUUCUCUUUUCUUGUCCAUCAUUGCAAUGUUCAUUGCUUUCUGCUCUGGCAAUUUCUUUUUGAUUGACCAAAAAUACAAGCAAAUUGUGCUCCCCAUUUAUAUAUUCACUUGCUUCCCUGUGACUUUGUAUGCUAUACUCUACAUUGAACUUCUCAGAGGUAUUCUAACCAAAAUUCCAAUGAGAAUUGAUAAGGGUGAGGACUUAUAAAGAUGUAUGAUGAAUUGAAAAUGUAUUUAGUUUAUACAAAUAACAACUAGAGUGAAUUGAGUACUACUACCUAUGCUUGUAGAAGUUUAUAUAUUUAUGUCUGAUGUUGGAUUAUGCUUAUUUAAGUAAGAUUCUAAUA